UUUGCACAGCGAAUAAAAACCAGGACGUCGGCCGGCGGACGGAAGUAAACAGUAAACAUAGGCCUACUACGCCUAAGCUACUACUCUCUUACUACUUACUACUAGGCUAAACAACAGCAGAGGUAAAUUAUUCGCGCACUGUGGUGAACCUUUCCAACGCUUACCGUCACAAAUACCACGGUUGCUCUUUAGGUCUUUAGAAUCAAGACUAAUCUUGAUCUAGAAUCUAGAUCUAUCGCUUUGAUUUGAUUCAAGAUUGUCAGAAGUCACAAGUGAAAGAGGCCAUCAUUGUCAACUGUUUUUGCUAUCUUCGAGACCAUCUUUUUAUACCCAAGUGAAUACCAGCAUGUCUGAGUCUGUAGAUGAACUGCGCUCCCCUAAUGUUCCUUUGCCUUCUGGCAAUGUGUUGCGUAUUUACAGUAUGCGCACGUGCCCGUAUGCUCAGCGAGCACGCUUGAUCAUUGCUGCAAAGGGCAUCUCUGCUGAUUUAGUUAAUGUGGAUCUGAACAAAAAACCCGACUGGUUCUUUGAUCUCAAUCCUUACGGAGAGGUGCCUGUCGUGCUGCAUAAUGGAGGCCAUGUCUAUGAGUCGCUGAUUGCGGCAGAAUACCUAGAGGAAGCGUUCCCAGACCCUCCAUUGUUUGCCAAAGAGGCUUUAGUAAGAGCAAACGAAAGAAUCUACUUCAACCACUGGACGAAGAAAGGUAUCCCGGCAUUUUACUCUCUCCUCAAGGCCGGCUACAAUGACCCUGAGCUGACCCAGCGUCUGAUGCAGAACGUGGAGGUGAUGGACAACUUCCUCAAGACACUGGGCAAGCCGUUCUUCCACGGAGACACCGUCGGCUUCUCUGACUACAUGAUUUGGCCCUGGUUUGAGCGCAUGCCCAUGCUCAAGGAUGUCACUGAGUUUGAAAUUCCUCGAGAUAAGUACCCUCGCAUCGCAGGAUGGGUUGACCUCAUGUGGAAAGACGAAGCUGUUCAGAAGGCUGCUUUCGACCCGAAGCUGAUGACGGAACACUACAUAAAAUAUCGCACGGGCAGGCCUGACUUCACCAUUGGAGCCAAGAAGCCAAAUGUGGUGGAAGAAAGGCUGGAGAACUUGGAUGGUCUGCGUGACCCUACUACCCGCGACAGGCAGACUUAGGUGGCGCUACAUAUUGUUACUGAAGUCUUCAUUAUGCUUUGAAAAUCUGACAUUAGCACACGUGUCAGGGAUGUCGGUGUUCUGGAAUGCUCCGGGAUAUUAUAUACUUGCUGAUUUUGGGUGGGUUUUUUUGUUGCACAGGACUAUUUCGUGUUCCCUUGUUUGCCAAUGACGUCUGUGUAUUAUCUUUUCAUAGUAUUCAGACAAACCUGGGGAUGUCUGAAUGGUGCUCUGUACUUAACAAAACAGGCAUACAAAUGCUUUGAUCAUGUCUGGAUGGUUUUGUCUCCUCUUAAAAACUCACAUUUGAAUUUCAUGGACCGUGAGUCCCAGUGGAGGCAGGGCGGGCAGAGAACAAACAGAUCUAACUCCCCGUGAUCAUAUCUUAGGAAAACAGCUCUGAUAGCAAUGCCCCCCCCCCCCCCCCCCCCAAUAUCUGUGUACCUAUCGAGCAAGUGUCAAAUUAAGCCACUUCUAGUUUUGACACUAUUUGAAUCUAUUUUGAGCUGCCCUACAAAAUAUGGAUGCACUCUCAUUAGCUGCUCUCAACAGUCUUGUCACAGUGGACGAAUUAUAAGGAUAAAGUCAGGUUUUAAAAAAAAGAUAAUAAAUUUUGGCUUCCUUCUGUAAAAUAAAAGUAAGAGAUGUUGGCACAAGAUUCAGAUUUCUGCCAUAUCAUUUUUUAUACCUGUUUGUACCCUCAUUUAUGUUUUAUUUGUUACUCCAGCAUAUACUAAGCGUAUACUUUUAGUCUCAUCAAAUUUUUUCAUGAAGGCUUUAUAUUCAGCAUUUCUUCCUUGUGAUCUGACUUACGUAUUUGAUUUUUACAUUGUACCAUUUUUGUUCAUUCUGUACGUGAAGUACAGGUACAGUUUUUCCCUUUUGCCCAUCAGUUUGUUGAACUAUUUUUUUUUUGGUUCUUGAUGUCUUCAAACAUAUUUUGUUACAUGUAUGUUUAUAUUUGUAGGUACCGGAAACUAAAUUUUCAAAGUAGCUGUAUGCCAAAUUUAUCUGUUCCAUUUGAAAGGCCUAUAUCCACUGAGCAUUUUGGUACCAUUUUUUAACACCUCAGUCAUUUUUAAGAAAAUGGUAGUUCUUUAAAAUCUGAUCAAAUUUGUUAGUCAGUCACUUGCUGCAACCCCAUGUGUGACAGAUAAUAAAAGAGCACCAAGUGCACUAAACAUCUCCAC